GUUGCCAAAAAUAAGUUGCCUGUCUCUUGGAAUCAGGGUCUGCGUAUCGGCGGAAAAUCUGAUUCAGUGGAUGAGUUGAGUGACAAUCUCUACAAUCAUAUCGAUAUGAUUACAGACGAUGAGAGACGGUUCCCGAAGAAUAUGAUAAUUAGGGGCCGCCUUACACUAAUGCAUAGAGAUAGCGGUGAGCACCGCAUCUCUCUCUCGAUCCCUACCUUCAGAGUACUGGAGGCCUCGAAUGAAUACUGUUGUAAUAAUACUCUUAAGUGUAUAAUCAUAACAUUUCAUUGUAGAUUCAAAUUUAGCGCUGAAUUCUAUAUUGAUUCCAUAUAUAAAACAAAUAUGUCACCCCGGGAGUUCAACGGAUGUCCGAUGUCGAGCGGAAAACUAAAAAAUGUGGGCAAAUUUGACGCUAACUUCUUUACGGUCAACGAUUGGGAGGCAGACUAUAUGGACGCUCAGAUCAGGGCUGCGCUCGAGACAGCAUACGAGGCCAUCGUUGAUUCCGGCACAGUCCCGGAAUCAUUGAGUGGUACAAACACUGGGGUAUUCAUCGGAAUUUGUUGGGAGGAACAAUUGCUUGCAUAUCGAGACUACAUACAACUGCCAUCGUAUAAAAAUUUGGUGUCCCAAAAAGUGGCAAAUAAAUUCAAUUUGAAGGGACCGACCUUUUCAGCGGACAGCGCUUGCAGUUCCAGUUUUGUGGCCCUAAACGAAGCCUAUCUGGCUAUCAAAUACGGCCGAUGCGACGCCGCCCUCUGCAUUGGUGUCAACAUAUUGUUUAAUCCCAAUAUUCAAUAUCGUUUUUUCAAAUUUAAUAUGAUAUCACCGGACAGUAAGUGCAUGUGUAUGGACGAGAGGGCCAACGGCUACGCAAAAGGUGAAGCAGUGGUCACUGUAUUAGUGCAGCGCAGGUCAAGAGCCAAACGAGUGUACGCAACAAUAGUUAACAUAGUAUCAAAUAAUGAUGGCUAUAAAGUUGAGGGUAUAACGUAUCCAAGUUGGCACAGACAAAGUACAGUCAUCGCCAAGACGUACGCCCAGUGCAAUGUAAAUCUGGCCGAAGUUGACUACGUGGAGGCCCAUUGCACUGGCACUAAAGCCGGCGAUCCCGUUGAGAUAAAAGCAAUUUACCAUGCUAUGGCUUUCACAAACAAACGAGAAAAGCCUUUACUGAUUGGGGCCUUAAAGUCCAACAUCGGUCACACGGAGGCGGCGUCGGGUCUUUGCGCCGUUACUAAAGUAAUCCUCGCCUUUGAGAACGAAUUAAUCCCAGCGAACCUACACUUCAAUAAAGCCAACCCAGCGAUCGAGUCCUUAAUCGAAGGUCACAUUCAGCCCAUUAACGAGAAUACCGUGUUUUCAGGCGAUUUGGUCGGACUAAACAAUUUUGGGUUCGGUGGCUCUAACACACACCUCAUACUACGGUCGCCUAAGAUUAAGGCACAGGUAGACAAUGACCAGAUAAUUGACAGGUAUCAACGUUUAGUACAGAUGUGCGGACGCAGUCAAGGGGCUGUCGAAUACUUCUUUGACAAACUGUUUGCAAGGCCUUCAAAAAUCAAUAAAGAUUUACUGCAUUUGAUCAAUGAAUUGUCAAAGAGUUCGCCCUAUGAGACGGGCACCGGGUGUCGGCCCAUGAGAUAUCGUGGUUUUACGCUAAUUAGCGUUAACUCCAGUGUCCAUCCCGGACUAUCUUCCACACCUAUUCAGAUUAACAAAGUGGCCAAAACGAGCCGACAAUUGUGUUUUUUGUUUUCAGGAAUUGGGUCUCAAUUUCUAACGAUUGACAAACAACUGAUGAAUUUUGAUGUUAUCUCAGAUUCUAUACACAAAUCAGCAAUUGUAUUGCGAGACAAAGGGGUGGAUCUGUUGACUAAACCAAAUGUUGAUUCAAACAAUUGGGUGUUGCAUACAAUACUUUCUGCGGUCGCCAUUCAGAUGGCUCUGACAGAUCAGUUACGGCAUUUGGAUCUUGAGACCGACCGUAUUGUUGGCUACUCUUUCGGUGAGAUUGUGUGCGCGUAUGCGGACGGCUGUCUCACUGCCCAGGAAACUCUUUUGGUGGCCUAUUAUUGCGGGAAAUUGAUUAAUGAAAUGGCAAUCAAAAAAGGUCUAUAUAACAAAUUCAACCAACCAAACACCGAUUAUAUUGGCCAUAGUUUGAAUCAGUAUUGCAAUGAAGUGCUGACCAUUGGUAUGGGCAAAAACUUUGACAUCGAGAUAUUGGUUCAGACGUUAGAUUCGGUGAUCGGAUUCGAUCAAAUGGACGACAAUUGCGAUUCCUUAUUGUUGACCGUUGGGGGUCCGGUAUCGACGGGCACUCGAAUGCUGUCCCCAUUCAUCCAAUGGGAUCACACAAAAUCCUACCGUGAAAUCAAAUUUCCUGAUUAUUUUAAUUUCUUUAAAAAUCGAUCGGACGAGUCCUAUACGAUUGACUUUAUGGACGUGAAUAACCAAUACAUUCUUGAUCACUGUAUUGAUGGCAAAAUCAUAUUCCCGGGCACCGGGUAUCUGAUGCUUGCGUGGCGAUUAUUGGCUUUACACAAAAAAAUUUCGUUUAAAGAAUUUCCAGUGGAGUUCCGUAACGUACAGCUACUACGGGUCACACCCGUGACGGCCGACAGGAAAGUAACAUUUGCUGUGAAUUUGGACAGAAGUACCGGACGUUUUCAUAUAAUCGAAAGUGGAUCAAUUGUGGUGAGCGGUACUGUACGCGAGAUUACAAGCGAUAAACCGCUGCAAUACAUGUCUGUAUUGAAUGAAAUACAAUCGAUUGCCGACACUAGUAAUGAAACGCCUAUUUGUUUGCAAAGAAAAGAUGUGUACAAAAUGUUGAGGAUUCGGGGUUAUAAUUACGGCCCGAGUUUCUGCUGCAUAACUGACGCCCACAAGAUUCAAGACACAUAUUUGUCGGCCGGUAUUGAGUGGCGCAAGAAUUGGGUCACUUUUUGCGAUUGUUUGUUACAGACAUGUAAUCUCAUUACGCAAUCAAAGCAAUUGUUGGUUCCGGUGGCCAUCGAAGAGCUCCGAUGCGAUCCAAAACAAUUGUUUAGCACAACGGGUUUCGAAAGGCGGACCGUAAUUGAUCCACACCUGAAUAUAGUGGUGACGGCGGGACUAGAGAUCCGUGGGGUGCGGGUCAGUCCUCUCCACAGGAAUGUCAAGUCACAAAAGCCAACUCACAUGAGUUAUAAGUUCUUCGCGUUUGACGAGUACUUCAAAUCUGGAUUGGAUAACAACAUGACGUGUUCCUCAUAUGAUGAGCCAAACUUCCUUCGCUCUCAAUUCACAAUAUUUACCGAAAAUCGCAGUGAAUUUAGUGGUAAUCGCGUGAAUAUUCUGGAAAUAUUCUUCAAAUUUACCAACGAUUACAGUCAUUGGUUAAACAGAUUUCAACGAGACUUCAGUGGCAUCGGCGACAAACCAGUGGAUCAAAAUAUAUGGUUAGUGGCCAACGGGUCGGCUGAGGGUCUGUUGGGAUUCAUGAAAUGCAUACAAAAAGAACCGAAUGGACAUCGCGUCCGAUGUCUGCAGAUAAUGGACACAAAUAACGACACUCGAAAGCCAGUGGUAUUGGACAAAACAAACGCCGUAUUACACGAUGGUAAAGUCGGUCAUUACGUACUUAAUGAGCUGCCUGGGGAGCGCAAGACUGUGGACAGUAAACACUGUUUUCUCAAUCUGCAAAACAGAGGCGACUUGUCGUCGUUUCAAUGGUUUGAAUGUCAACACAAGUAUUGGCCGCUAAACCAAAAAAUUGGCGAAAAGUUGGUUCACAUCUACUAUUCGGCCCUCAAUUUUAAAGACAUAAUGUUAGCCACGGGUCGACUUCAAUUGAAAGCGCCGGACGGAGAGAAUGAAUGCCUGAUUGGAUCAGAAUUUGCGGGACGGGAUGAGAACAUGAAUCGAGUGAUGGGAAUGAUAUUAUCGAAAGCAUUGGCCACCACGUGUCUGGUCAAAGACAUACAUUUUUUAUGGCCGAUUCCCGAUUACUGGUCGAUGGAAGAGGCGGCUACUGUUCCCUGCGUUUUCGGCACAGCAUAUUAUGCGCUCAUAAUUAGGGGUAAAUUACGGUCAAAUGAAACAGUAUUGAUCCAUUCGGGUAGCGGUGGUGUGGGUCAGGCGGCCAUCAGAAUAUGCCUGAGUCUGAACUGUCGUCUAUUGAUAACCGUUGGCUCUGACGCCAAACGCAAGUUUCUUCAGGAGUUAUUCCCGACGUUAGGCGACGAGCAGAGGAUAUUAGAACUAAUAAACGAGGGCAUCGGCUCCGGUGUUGUGCAGCCCCUGAACCGUACGAUUUAUGACCACAACCGGUGUGAAGAAGCUUUUCGUUUUAUGGCCAGCGGUCGACACGUCGGCAAAGUUAUCGUCAAAAUCCGAGACGAAGAACUUUUCAAACAGAUCCUACACUUCAAUGCCAUCAAAAUGCCAGCCAUUCCUCGAACGACAUAUAUUAUUACCGGUGGUUUGGGAGGAAUGGGUUUAGAGAUCAUUGAUUGGAUGGUCAAUAGGGGAGCGCAGAGAUUUGUGGUCACCUCGAGAUCUGGUCCUAAACAGCCGUAUCAAUACUUGCAACUUAAAUAUUUUAAAGAUACUGGCAUUGAGAUAGUUGUGUGGACUCAACCGCUUGGUUCCGAAAAUGAUACAAAAGAUCUGUUCGUUGAGGCCAUGAAAUUGGGUCCAAUCGGCGGUAUAUUUCACUUAUCGCUAAUUAUAAGUGACGGCCUUUUAGAGAAUCAGUCAAUCGACUCGUUUAACAAAGUGUUUGAAUCAAAAUCUAAACCAUUGGAACAUUUGGAUCAGUUGUCGCGACAAAUGUGUCCAGUAUUAGAUCACUUUGUGGUGUUUUCAUCGGCGGUCACAUGGCUUGGAAGCGCCGGUCAAAGUAAUUACGGUUUCACUAACGCUGUAAUGGAGAGACUGUGCGAACAGAGAGAACGCGAGGGUUUGCCGGCUCUGGCCAUCCAAUGGGGUCUAGUCGGUGACGUCGGUUAUGUGGCCGACAACAUCACAACCGAUGAUUAUACAAUUGGCGUCACGCGAUCGCAGCGCAUGUACUCAUGCCUACAGACGUUGGAUCAAUUGCUUGAGUCCGAUGUCACCAUCUGUACCAGUGUUGUUAUCAGUGAUAAGAUAACAAGGAUAUCUGAUUUGUUGGCCAAUUGUAAAGAUCUGUUGGCAGCAGUGUCUCGCAUAUUAGGCCACAAAGAUUUAGAAAAGUUCGACGCAAAGACCAGUUUAUCAGAACUGGGAAUGGAUUCACUGCUAAGCGUUGAGACAAAACAAGUGAUCGAAAGGGACUUCGGGUUAGUUUUGUCCACUCAGGAGAUCCAGAACUUGACAAUUGAACGCAUUCGACAAAUCGGCUCACAGACUAAGGCUGCGGUCACUCGUCGCUCGACGGACACCGACCACAACAUAACCGAUACGUCUGUCGUGUUGGUCGACAACCGCGUGUUUCACAUACCAAUAGAACGAGUCGUUUAUCUUAACGCUAUAAAAGAGGGCCGAAAAGUGUUUUACUUACCGCCGACUGACGGCACUUACCAUUUGUUUAUUCCGGUGGCCACUCGUAUGACACGACCGGUCAUUGGACUCAAUUGGACCGAAGAGUGUUUGUACUUCGGAUCGAUCGCUGAUACGGCGCAACACUUUAUAAACGUAAUUCAUAGCGAGUUUGUCAAUCAAUUGGACGACGGAUUUGAUUUGUGUGGCUAUUCAUAUGGCGUGUUUGUGGCCUACGAUAUGUGUCUGGCAUUACAACGGGCGGCCAUUAGUGGUUUGGUGUUACCGCUUCCACCACCAAAGCUCAUAGCGUUAGACAUGUGUCCGGUACAGACUCGCAAAGAUGUGGUGGUGUCUUUGGCCGAUACACAACAUAUAUUCAACGGCGACGAGAAGUUGGGUUUAUUGGCUUCGUUUCUGAUGGACAAGAUAUCGAUUCAAUCGCAAGAAUUGAUCGAAACGGUGACGGGUGUGGAGCGCAGCCAAUGGGAUCGAGUAGUGGCCGAGUUGUUGAUUCAGCGCAUCGGCGACCCGUGUUUGGCACUAAAUGAGGUGAUGUUUGCCGUGAAGUCACACGUCCACAAAAUGCAACACAUGAUUCACUAUUCCAUCGGUGGUCACGAUAUGGACGGACACCGACUCAAAGGGGAUGUAUUACUGAUACGGGCUGACCAACACAUUGUUGGCAAUGUUGCUGCUAAAAGUGAGUUCAGGCAUACCGUACAACACGACUACGGUUUCGGUGAGAUAAUUAGCGGCAAAUGUAUUGUUUACAAACUGGAUGGCAAUCACACAAAGUUUAUGGCCAAUUGUCCGUACCAAAUUUCUAAAUAUAUCGCUGAUUAUCUUAAAUCAGAUAAUCAU